AUGGUGCUGCACUUCAGCUUGUCCUCCGCGUUCCAGUGGCCGGAUCCCGAGAAGCGGCCUAUCCUCCGGCCAGAGGUGCUUCGCGAGUCGGCCGGCGUCGACGACCAGACGAGGAUCUCGAAAGCUUCGCGGAGCGAGCGCUGCAAAGGCGGCUCCACGACGGGCGAUGCCGGGACAUUGAGCAGUGCCUCCUCCGACGCAGGCAGGAGCUCCGACUGGCCCGCCAGCCUCCCGCGCGAGCUCGCCCCCCGGGAGCUCGCCGAGCCCUCCCGGCCGCCUCCGCCGGCUCCCGCGGACGCCCCCGCCGCGCGCCCCGUGCCGGGGCUCGGCGAGGGCCGCCGCGGAGCCCCAGCCGCCACCGCCAGCGCAGGGGAGGAGCCGACCGCUGCCGCCCGCACGCCGCUCCGCCGCCAGGCGGCUGCUUUUGUCCCUGCCGGUGCAGCGACGGCCAGGGAGCCUGCGGCCCAGGGGGCCCAGGGCCAGGUGGCGAGCAAGAAGCGCACCACAGUGAUCAUGAGCAACAUGCCUCUUUCCUUCACGCAGGAAGAUCUGUUCGUCUUGCUGGACUCCGAGGGGUUCUUGCAUAAGGUGGACUUUCUGUAUCUGCCCAUCAAUCUCACGACCAUGUUCGGCAUUGGCUGCGCAAUUGUCAACCUCACUACGCGCGAGCACGCGAAGGAGUUCGCUCGAGUCUUUGAUGGUUUCUCUGAUUGGGGCUCCGAGAGUUCGCCCGCGUGUCGUGUACGCUGGAGCGAAGUCCAGGGCCGCGCGGCGAACAUGCAGCGCCUUCAGAAUAGUCCCGUCAUGAGUGCUUCGGUGCCGAGCUCAUGCAAGCCACUCCUGCUCGAGGACGGCCUGCUAAUCCCAUUUCCAGGGCCUGUUCAGGCGUCUUGCACCGAGCUCAAUAAGACGCGUAAUCUCAAAACGGUUUAG